AUAUUGAAUGAAAAACCCUCAUACACAUUUCUACCGAUAGAUGUCAGUGCUACCAUGGCAACAAAUAUGUCGCUAUCGACAGUUGUUUGUAGGCGUUUUACAAGUUAUUUUUAUACGUAUUUAAGUUUCUAGUGUGUAGUGAGUGACGUUAUUAUGAAUCUGUGUAUUUUAUGACAGUGAAAAUUAAUGAGGGAACAGAAAAUUCUUGUGUUACCGUAGAAGUUCUUCGACACAUGCAACAUGUUAAACCAAGCUGCCGUUGAAGCUUUGUAUUCUGCCACAUAUGUGGAAAACUAUUUGGACUGUGUAGAAAAUUUGCCCGACGACUUGCAGAGACACUUAUCUCGAAUGAGAGAACUCGAUGUUACUUAUCAAGCAUAUUUGAAGGAGGUAGAACAGCAGCAAGAAAUGUCACGACGUGACACCGACACAAAUACGAAAAGACGAACGUUAAUUCGAAUCCAGCAAGCCCUAAUAGCUGCCCAAGAAGUUGGUGAUGAAAAACUGCAAAUAGUGCAACAAAUUCAGGAUUUAAUUGAAAAUAAAGCUCGCCAGUUAGAUCUAGAUUACAGAAAUCUUGAUUUUGGAAAAGAUCAAGAAAACACUGAACCUAAUAGAGAUAGUCAUCACCACCAUCAUGGUACCGGUGUGACAGCUGGAAGCGGCAGUGGUGCUGGGGGAGGUGAACGUCAGUCAAAACGACCCAGACGCACACGCACUGAUGCGACAUCAGGGAUUGAGGGCAAUAAUACCACAGAACUUUUGUCUGUUUCUGAACCUGUGCUUACAAGAGGUGGUAGUGGUGCUACUGGUUCAAAUGCAACUGCUGCAAACCAUAAGAAAGGUGGCAGUACAAAUAAGAAAAAGAAACGAAAGUCUCGGCAGUCACAGCAUCAGCAGCAGCAACAGCAACAACAACAGAGGGAUGAUUCACCUCCUCAUGAAGAUGAAUUAGCAAUUGAUCCAGACGAACCUACAUAUUGUUUGUGUGAUCAGAUAUCAUAUGGUGAAAUGAUCCUUUGUGACAAUGACCUCUGUCCAAUCGAAUGGUUUCAUUUCUCUUGUGUGGCUUUAGCAACGAAACCGAAAGGAAAAUGGUUCUGUCCAAAGUGUCGUGGUGAUAGGCCAAAUGUAAUGAAACCUAAAGCUCAGUUUCUCAAAGAAUUGGAAAGAUAUAAUAAGGAGAAAGAAGAAAAAUCUUAAAUAUGUGUGAAAUUAUUUUUAAAAACAAAUCUUAAUAGCAGGAAAAUACAUUGUAAUCAUAUUAUGUACAUAUUGAUACAAGGAGCAGGCAAUCUUGAGUUCUUUUAUGAACUGAUAGUUUAGGAGUGCGAGAUGCAUGAACUCUCUUUGAGUUUUAUAGAAUUUUUUCUUGAUUUUCACCUAUUAAAUAGCAAUAUGUAUUCUAAGAGGAUGACAGUGUCAUUUUUCCUAAAAUCAGAACUUUUAUAACAAAUAUAUAUAUUUAUGGAUUCCCCACAUUGGGGCAAAAAUUAUUGUUUUAACAUGUAAUUAAAUAUAUAUGUCAAUUAAAUAUCAUUUUCAUGUAAGUACACAAGAUGUGAUCUUAUGUAGAUCCCCGUUCAUAGAUGUAUUCUUCAAUUUGGUGAGGUGCAACUCAUUUAAUCUAGGUUAAAUUUGUUUUUGAUCAUUUUAUUAUUAAAUAACUGGCUUGGCAAUUAGAAAUCUGGUUUGUAUGGAGUUUAAAAAUUGGUAAGUUCACAAUAUUUUGUAAAAGUAUAACUAUAGUUUCUUGAUUCUCAUUUUUAUCUGAUGACUAAUUUAUCUCUUUGCAAUGAUUAUGUGAUAAAAAAUAGCCGUAGUUUCUCUGGAGGAUUAUAUGAAGUUUUAAGAUUAAAAUCUUUAUUUGACAAAUUUUUCAGGGAAGUACUAAGAGUACAAAUAAAUCUAGUCAUUUAUCUUUUGUCACGUUUCAAGAAUUCCUUAAAUCCAAUACAAAAAGCUUUGUUUGUAUUGGACAAUUUUCUACUUCUCAGGUCAGAGUGUAAAAUGUUUAAACUGGAAUAUUCUUUAGAUAUUAAUAUGGCAUGAAAAUUCUGUAAUGUUCUGAGGAGCUGCUAUGGCAGUAAAACUCCCGAUUAGGUGUAAAUUGUCAUAUGGGCGUACCUGUUUGACAGAAUUGUAAUUGCUUUCCAGUGAAAUCAACUAAUUUUUCUCUUUCAGUAAUAUCUUCCCUUGAUUUGGUCAAAUUUUCGUAAUGGUAUUGUGAGGCUCCAUUAUCUGUCAUUGGCUUUUAUCAUGUCAUAUGUAUACAGAUAAUUUCUUUUACCAGUCAUGCAGUCAUGUCAUACAGCUCCUGAGCCUGUGAUAAAUAUUUACUUGUAUGACUUUCCAACGAUAUGUAAAGAUUUUCUAAAAAUACAGAUAAUUUUUAAGCACUCCUUUUUAUAUUUGCUAUAUGACUGUUUUAGGCUACAUGCAUGUGAUGGUUAUGGCAAUCUCCUAUUACUUCAGUAAAACCAUGAUACAAGUUUUGUGGUGAAUGCAAUCAGAAAAGGCAACUGAAUUUUAAUCUGAGAAAUAAAA